AUGAAAUCCCCACAGGAGCGAGCUGAGCCCAGCACUUCCCGGAGGCGGAGGCUCCUGCGAAGACGGAUUUUUAAUGCCGACCCGCAUGCGGCGGUCCUGAAACAUCAUUUUGCUCAUUUCCAAAUUCAAAGCUCGGAAAACCAAAAAGAAACCGAAAGUAGCGUGGCCACCCCGCCUGCUCCAGGGCAGCCCUCCAAAGUAGUUUUCAGACGUGCAGGGUCCACCCCGGGCGACCACCGUUGGCCCUGCUUUCCACGAGCCAGCAGGGGUGGCAGGAAGCCGCCUGCCUGGGCCAGUGCACCCCUAAAUGCGCGUCCCUGGCAGUUAACUGUGGCUCGGCCUUCCGUGUCAGCUUUUUGGUGCCUUACUAAGGUGUCUUUCUCUCUGCUCUGGGGCCCGCACCCCGCAGCCCUCAAGCUGGACUUGGAGGAGAAGCUGUUUGGACAGCACCUGGCCACAGAGGUGAUCCUCAAAGCGCUGACCGGCUUUAAGAACAACAGAAACCCCAAGAAACCGCUCACCCUGUCCCUGCACGGCUGGGCAGGCACAGGCAAGAACUUCGUCAGCCAGAUGGUGGCGGAGCACCUGCACCCGCGAGGCCUGAAGAGUCACUUCGUCCACCUGUACGUGUCGACCCUCCACUUCCCCCACGAGCAGAAGAUAAAACUGUACCAGGACCAGCUGCAGAAGUGGAUCCACGGGAACGUGAGCAGGUGCGCCAGCUCAGUGUUCAUAUUUGACGAGAUGGACAAGCUACACCCCGGGAUCAUCGACGCCAUUAAGCCCUUUCUCGACUACUACGAGCAGGUGGACGGGGUGUCCUACCGCAGGGCCAUCUUCAUCUUCCUCAGCAAUGCGGGCGGGGACAUCAUCACCAGGACAGCGCUGGACUUCUGGCGGGCAGGGAGGAAGCGGGAGGAGGUCCAGCUGAAGGACCUGGAGGCCGUGCUGUCCGUGGGCGUCUUCAAUAACAAGCACAGCGGCCUGUGGCACAGCGGCCUGAUAGACAGGAACCUCAUCGACUACUUCGUCCCCUUCCUGCCCCUGGAGUACAGGCACGUGCAGAUGUGCGUGCGUGCAGAGCUGCGGGCCCGUGGGGCCGCGGUGGAUGAGGACGUGGUGGCCAGGGUGGCGCAGGAGAUGACGUUCUUUCCCAAGGACGAGAAGAUCUACUCGGACAAGGGCUGCAAGACGGUGCAGUCCCGGCUGGACUUCUACUGAGCCCGCCCCGCCUCUCCGAAGCGCUUUUAUGCCCUCUGGGGUCUGCACGUUUGCAGCUGGGGAUGUGGGGACCUCGGGGUCCUGAGUGACUUGGGACAUUGACUGGCUGCCUGAAGUUGCCGUGCGACAGCAGGCAGCUCACCCGCGGCCGAGCGUGGGUCUGUGAAGUCCCCGCGACUCCUGCUGCUGCCGUCACCGGUGCCUUUGAACGGCCGUGCGCACAGCCUCGGUGCCACCUCCUGGGGCUUAGGGGUCCCAGGGACCCGCAGCGCGCCUGCGCCACCUGCUGGGAUGGCCCUGCCCCGCUGUUGCUUUGCACAAAAAGCCUGCCCGACCCAGUGCUUCCUGUGGUGCUGGGUGGCACCUGGGGUGCCCAUGGUGUUGGUGAGGCACUGGCACUGGACCUAGGACAAGGCUGGCACAGCCUCGGUGCCAAAGAGCAGGGCAGACGGGACCUUCGGUCCAGCUCUGCUCUGGCUGCGGGGACAGCCCUGGGCAUGGAGUCCCCUUGUCCUUGCCCCCUCCGCCCAGCCUCCCCACAGCCUGGGUCUUCUCAUCACUGGAUACCCGAUCCCCUGGCUGCAUCCUCCCAGAGCCGGAAGGGGGCCUGUCGUGACUCGUUGCCUGUUACACUUGAAACUCAUCCAGCUCCAUCCUGCAGAACCUGAAAAUCUGUAAGAUGGAGCUGGGCGUGGCGGCACAUGUCUGUCAUACCAGCACCAGGGAGGCUGAGGCAGGAGGAUCGCUGAGUUCCAGGCCAGCCUGGGCUCCAUAGUGAGUUCAAGGCUGGCCUCUGCCCACCCCAAAGGCUCAAGUUUAAAAGGUUGUCUAUUUUUAUAAUGUUUUUACUUCUGAAUCUAAAAGUAAGUAGAGGAGGUCACAUAUUUUAAAGCGAGGGAAGGAACAAAAUGGGAGUUGUUUCUUCCCCUCUCAGGUCCUCCUGAACCGAGCUUGAGAAUUCUGUGAAGUGCCUGGAUCACGCUGUAGGUCAGACAGGGUCACGACGCCGUGCUGGGCCUGGCCGCACUGCCCAGCCACCGGGAAGCGAGGGUGGGUCUGGGCCGCAGCUGCAGUGUAGUUCCCACUGGAGAUCACAGCCAGGGCGGUAAUGUGGGAGGGGGGACCGGGUCCAGAAAGCCUCAGCGUCACCCUGCCUUUAAAAAUGCCACGGUGAGCCUGGUGUGGGGGCACUGCCGUCACCCCAGCGCCUGGGAGGCUGAGGCAGGAGCGUCGCUGCGAGUUCAUGUCCAGCCUGGGCUACUUAGCUAGACCCUGUCUCAAAAACAAAGGCCAGUUUUUAGGGUUUAGUCUCAGUGGAGCUGUGUUACUUUUCUUUUAUAACCUAUGGUGUCUGGGGUUGAGCCAAAAUCUUGUUUAUAAUGAACCAACUCAAUGUGCGCUGGCCACCUUUGGACACUGCUGGGACUGGGACAAGUGGGACUGCCCCGCCCCGCCCCUCGGAGAUGCCAGGGGCUUGAAUCAACCCAGUGAAUGUGGAAUAAUAAAGUCUAAAUAGCACGUUCUGAGGUGUCACUUGCCCUUUUCCCCCAGUUUACUUGGCAACAAAAUUUGAGCUCAGACAGAUUGCCACGUGCAAUGGUACAAACCUGUCACCUCAGCACUUGAGGCUGAGGCAGGAAGAUCGAAAGUUCAAGCCCAGCCUGGGAAAUUUAGCAAGACCCUGUCUCAAAAAAAUAAAAAGGGCUGGGGCUGGAGCUCAGAGGGAAGACCGUGGGUCUCACCCCAGGACUACACGCCGGAACAAGACAGACCAAGACCGCUGUUGGGCCGCUCAGAAGGGCACUGAAGCUCCUCCUAGGGCUGAAGAAUUCUAACAGAUUACUCAGGACUGCAACGGGUGGCUGUUUAUUUCGGGACUCUUCUAAGCCGGGUGUGAUGGGGCAUACCUGUCAUCCCAACACUUGGGAGGCUGAGACA